AUGGGAGACCCGCAGACCAACGGUAAACCUCUCACCGAGGAUAGCAGACUUCGUCUGCUAGAGCAUUUCAGUGGCGAGGGUCCACCUCCUAACGAUCGCUGGUCGACAUUAUGGGACGCAGGCGACUUCCUCCCUUGGGACCAGGGGAGACCCAAUCCAGCCCUUACGGAUGUCAUGCAAGACCGUCAGGACCUUGUUGGCUCAUCACCAUUGGUCGCAGAGAAUGGAGAGCUCCGACGUAAGCGGGCCUUCGUGCCGGGCUGUGGCCGCGGCUACGACGUUCUCCUCCUGGCUAGCUUGGGCUACGACGCCUAUGGCCUUGAAGUAUCCACGACGGCAGUGGAGAAGGCACAAGCUUGGGCUGAGGAGCAUGCGGCCGACUAUCCCAUACGGGAUGAGACAGUUGGUCGCGGCAAGGCGAAGUUCAUCCUCGGUGACUUCUUCGGUAAUGAAUGGAUUCAGCAAGCUGAUGGAGUUGAUAAAUUCGAAUUCAUCUACGACUAUACUUUCUUCUGCGCACUCAGUCCUGAGUUACGCCCGGCGUGGGCUCUUCGCUUAUGGGAUCUCCUGUCAACGCAUCAUGAUAGUUUAAUCGUCUGCGUGGAGUUUCCCACAUUUAAGAAACUGUUCUUUGGUGGUCCGCCCUAUGCUGCGCCUUCUUCCGCCUACUUGACACAUUUGGGCAAUCCAGGAAAGAAGGUUUGGUAUGACUUUGAGGGGGGCGCAAUGGUCUCUCAGGACGAAGAACUAGGCCAGGGAAUUGGCUUUCGGAGAAUCGAUCACUGGAAGGCAGCUCGGUCACACGAAAUGGGGAAGGGUACGGACUGGGUUAGUGUCUGGAAACGUUCGAUAUGA